GGCCCCGUCGCGCCCCGUCUCCGCCGCCACUUCCCCAGGGUCCCCACCUCCCUAGUCUUCCGCCCGCCCUGCUUCCCCGCGGGGGCGGAAGUGACGAAGGCACAGGACCCCUGCCUCAUGCCCCCGCCGACGCGCAACAGGAACGACGCCCGGGGUUCCGAGGUUGAGCCGGUUUCUGACUUUCAGAGUUUCCGCUGGUUCUGGUCCCAGACGAGCGUGUGGACCCAUCCUGAGCCGGGCUUUGGCUGCUGCGGGCAGCUCCCGACCAGCUCACGAGUGGAAGACGCUGUAGAGUACCGCCUGUUCCUGAUACCAGAUGAACCAAGGAACCCAGAAGAACACAGAGAGGUUUUUCAAAAGUAUAUUGAGAAGAUAAUGACCCAGUUUGCACCUAUGUUGGUCCCCUAUAUCUGGCAGAAUCAACCUUUCAAUCUCAAAUAUAAACCUGGGAAAGGAGGUGUUCCUGCUUAUAUAUUUGGCAUGACAAAGUUUGGGGACAACAUUGAGGAUGAAUGGUUUAUUGUUUAUAUAGUAAAGCAAAUUACAAAGGAAUUUCCAGAGUUAGUAGCAAGGAUUGAAGACAAUGAUGGUGAAUUCUUGUUAAUAGAAGCUGCUGACUUUCUCCCUAAAUGGUUGGAUCCUGAUAAUAGCGCCAAUAGGGUGUUUUUCCACCAUGGGGAGUUGUGUAUUAUUCCUGCACCAAAGAAACCUGGAACAGUAUCCUGGUUACCCACCACACCCCCAACAAUCUCACAAGCACUGAAUGUAAUCUCAACACACCCAGAAGAAAUUUUGGCUUCAGAAUCUAUACGAGCUGCUAUAAAUAGACGCAUCAGAGGAUACCCAGAAAAAAUUAAAGCCUCCCUUCAUCAAGCGCACUGCUUCCUUCCAGCUGGCAUUGUAGCAGUGCUAAAGCAGCGCCCCAAGUUAGUGGCUGCAGGAGUCCAGGCAUUUUACCUACGGGACCCCAUUGACCUACGAGCCUGUCGUAUGUUCAAGACAUUCUUGCCCGAAACACGAAUAAUGACAUCGGUCACUUUCACUAAAUGUCUUUAUGCACAGUUGGUGCAACAAAGGUUUGUGCCAGACCGGCGGAGUGGAUACCAGCUACCUCCUCCAUCUCAUCCCCAAUACCGAGCCCAUGAAUUGGGCAUGAAGUUGGCUCAUGGAUUUGAGAUCUUAUGCUCCAAAUGUAGCCCACAUUUUUCUGACUCCAAAAAAUCCCUUGUGACUACCUCACCACUCUGGGCUGGCUUCCUUGAAAGUCUGAAAAAGAAUGAUUACUUUAAGGGACUGAUAGAAGGUUCUGCUCAGUACCAGGAAAGGCUAGAAAUGGCAAAGAACUACUUCCAACUCUCUGUAAACCGACCAGAAAGCUCUCAUGCUAUGAGCCCAGGUGAAGAAAUCUUAACGUUAUUACAGACAAUACCAUUUGAUGUAGAAGAGCUUAAGAAAAAAGAAGCUAAUCUUCCUCCAGAAGAUGAUGACCAGUGGUUAGAUCUCUCACCAGAUCAGCUGGAUCAGCUGCUGCAGGAAGCUGCUGGUAAAAAAGAACCAGAGUUCGUUUCCAAGAGGCAGGAGGAGAACUGUGACUUAACUCAAGUCUCAAAGAGCAUGAAAGCUUUCAUAUCCAAAGUCUCAACCCACAAAGGAGCAGAGCUGCCUCGAGAACCUUCUGAGGCUCCAAUCACUUUUGAUGCAGAUUCUUUUCUUAAUUAUUUUGAUAAGAUUUUAGUUUCAAGACCCCAUGAGUCAGACUCUGAUGAUCUGGAUGAGGAAGACUCUGAAUGUUUAGAUAGUGGUGAUGAGUUGGAUCUCGAAACACAGGAGCCUGGAGAAGAAGCAUCUGUAAAAGGAACUCUUGAUGAUCUCAAGUCAUACAUGGCCCAGAUGGACCAGGAACUAGCACAUACCAGCAUUGGCAAAAGUUUCACCACCCAGAAGCAAAUGCUUUUAUAUCAGCACUGUCUAACCACAGAUGGAGAGAGAAUGGACCCUGGAGUCUCAUGGGCCAGAUUUGAAAUCCAGCUCAGCCAUCCACUGUGAAUGUAUCCAUUAACCAAUAAUCCUCAUGUCAUAGAGCAAAUUUCACUGGAACCCAGGCUGUAAGAUAAGUCUGGGAAAGGUCAGGAUGUUGGAGGCAUGCUCCACUCUGCUCCCUCCCUCCUGGGGGGAAGCCUCAGGAGAGGCCAGUCUCAGAGCCAGCUGGCUGCAGCACGCCCCUUGCCCCUUUCCUUUGUGCUUAGCUGACCCCAGGCAUCCAAGCUGCUGGUUUCAUCAGAACUGUUGUGAAAGAGCUAGAAACCCAUUCCCUGUUCCAGUGAGCUUGAGAAAAAUAUGUAUACUGCUUGUGUUGGAUGCUACUCCAUCUCUCAAUUCUAUACCUUUAAAUUAGAUCCUUUCUGAUUUUUCUGCCUGCUUAAUCUUUAUUAUUCUGUAAUGCCUCUUUUUCAUUAAAUUAAAGAUUAAAUAUCCCUGUUUAAAAAAAAGAAUCUAUAGAUCAAGCUGCAGUCUCUUAAAUUCUUUCCCCAACCUGUGAAAUCAGAGGCUUAAGUACCAAUUCAGAAUCCUUGUGGUUGGAUCCCACAAGGCCUCAGGUUUUUACUUUGUUUUCUCAUUGGGAUGGGGUGUACAGGUAAGAAAGAAAUCUAGCUCCUUUCACUUAGAGAAAGUUUUAGAUUCUUCUUUUUUUUAAUGUUCAUUUUUCUGUUUACUUCUUUUAAAACUCUUAGGCAAGCUAUAAAGGUACCUCCUUAACUCUGGCUAUCUCCCUUGGGCUAUUUCAAAAUCAGGAAGAAAUCCAUUUAAUUUGUAGAAACUUUUCCUGGGAAAAAGUGUUUUAAUCUUUGGAACCAAAUUUUAAUAUGUGUGUUAAGUUACAGAGUUUGUUAUUAGACUUAAUUUUUACUUUCUAUCAAUAAGGGAAUUUCCUUUCUAAUAUGGAACUCAAUUUUACAUUGUUGCUCAGUUAGCUUUUUAUUGUAACUACCAUCCAAUCUAAUAGCAUAUUGUCUCAUGAUUUUCUUUUCCUUCCAUGAACAAGGAACCUCUAUCCCAGACUACUAGUAAGUCAGAGGAAGAAGAUUCUGGUGCAGGAGGAUCUGUUAUGACACCAGUGGAUAUAGACCUGAACCUGGUUUCAAACAUACUGGAAUCUUACAGUUCCCAAGCUGGACUGGCAGGACC